AUGAAUAAAUGGCUUGGAUAUUUAUUACCAGUUUUAGAUAACUUUAUUCAAUCAUCAAGAGGUAAACCAGAUAAAGAAUGGUGUAAUAAAAUUGUAGAUUAUAGAUCAAGAUCAGGUGGUGGUAUUUUAACUGGUUGGUUAUCAGUUUUUUGUGUGUUUGAUAAUGAUGAAACUAUAUGGCCAAAAAUUUGUGAAACUGAUAUUCCCUAUGGUUACACAUCAACACCAAUACUAUUAACCGAUUUCGAUGGAACUAAAUAUAAUAGUACACUUUAUUUUGGUCAUCUCACACAAAAAAUUGAAGGAUCAAAAUUAUCACCUUUAUUCGAUUGGCUUAUUGUUGCCGAUUUAAGUUUAUAA